AUGCCUCCAAAACCUGCAACUCGAGCUUCUUCCGCUGCUAAUAAUGAUGAUUCUGAUGAUUCUUCUACUCAAGAUCGUUACAGUGAUGUUCUUGGAUUAUCUACUGCUCGUGAGAUUUGGGAAUAUAUUGAAACUACAUGUACCACUCAGUUUGCUUCUCGCAAAUCAAUGCUUCGUAAUCAACUUCAGUCGAUCCGUAGAGGAAAUCGUUCCGUUGAAGAAUAUCUACAGCAGAUCAAGUCAAUCACUGAUAACCUUGCAUCUAUUAAUGAGAAAGUAAGUAACUCUGACAUUAUAAUGCACAUUCUUAAUGGUCUUGGCCGUGAUUUCAACAAUUUUAUAAUCUCAUCACAAAAUCGUGAAGUUCCUUUCACUUUUGUUGAGAUUAAGGCUAGACUAAUUAGUCAUCAACAAUGGUUAAAAGAUCAAGAUUCAGAAAUGAACACUAUGUUUUAUAGUCAGAAUGCUUCAGAUAUGUAUGGCAAGAAUACAAAUUCUGGCAAGAAGAACAAUAAUUUUAACAAGAACAAGAGCAACUUCAAGAAUAAUGUUUAUUCUAAUGGUUCUGGAUCUAGCAGCAGUGGUUCCUCAGGCAACAAUGGUUCUUCUGGUCGAAAUUCUGGUAGUACUUCAGGUGGUAAUUCUAAUAACUCUUCCGGAGGUUCAAGAAAUAAUACAUGA